UGAAGUUACGACCUUACAGCUCUAGUCACGUAUGGUCUUUUGCCUCCAGAUUGUGGAGCAAGAAAGCAGUACUGUAGGUGGUUUCAGGAACUAGUAUUCAAUGGACUUCUUGACCUAGAAUUUAACAUGAGAUUGAUUUUGUCACUUUCUUUGGUUAAUUGACAUGAAAAAUCAUGUGACCAUUUUAAACAGGGUUAUGCAACAGCACGCCAAAUUCUUUGGCUGCAUUAGAUAAAGGCUUUGGCAACAAGUCGUAAGUCUAGGAUUGUGGCCUCCACGAUUACCCGAUUUAAACCCUUGUGACUUUUAUUUGUGGGGAACACUGAUUGAAGAAGUGUAUGUGAAUAGUCUGUUUUUUCUUUCUUUCUGGAAGAACAUCAAGAAAUAUUAGGCUUGAAAUCUGCACUAUUCCUGUACAGCAAUGUCUGCAUGUUUUCAGAAACAUAUUCUUACUGUGUGAGGCAUGCGGGUUGUCACUUCAGGGCUGUUCUAUAAAAUAAGCCUUCCAGAUGCCUCAGCAGUAACUCUGUCUUCCAGUGCUCAACUGCACCUUCAUCUGCAUUUGCUCUUUUUCACACACACGCACUCUUGUGUGUGAGCCCAUCAUGCUUCUUAAUGAGCAACAGCUACACAAAGCAAACCGUGAAGUCGCUGAAAACAUGAUGCAGAUUUGGAACAUCUUGUAACAUUAACCUGCUACUGUGGGUUCAUAUCCCAAAGCACUGGAACAAACAGGUUCUUCUUGCUAUAAAAUUAAAAGAGCAUUACAGAGAAGACACAUGUCCACUUCAGCAUUGAUAAAUGAUCCGAAGUACUCAUUCUUAAAGGAAGAACUGGGUCUUCAAGAGGAGAACAGUGGAGUGUUUGAUGGCACCUGGUUUGGCAGUGGAGACGUAGUGACAUCUGUGUGUCCAGCCAAUGGUCGAGUCAUUGCAAAGGUACGCACUGGGAAUAUCUCGGACUACAAUCGCUGUGUAGAGGCAGCUCAGCUUGCCUGGCAUUCAUGGGUUGGCCUUCCAGCACCAAGAAGAGGAGAGAUUGUGAGACAAAUUGGAGAAGCCUUAAGAUCCAAACUCAGACCCCUGGGAAAGUUGGUCUCACUGGAAGUGGGUAAGAUUUAUGCAGAAGGUGUUGGGGAAGUGCAGGAGUAUGUGGAUGUGUGCGACUUUGCCUGUGGGCUCUCCCGCACUUUGCAAGGUCAGAUAUUGCCUUCAGAACGGCCUGGGCACGUCCUUCUGGAGAACUGGAAUCCACUUGGUGUUGUUGGCAUCAUCUCUGCAUUCAACUUUCCUAUUGCUGUUUAUGGCUGGAACAGUGCUGUUGCUAUGGUUUGUGGCAACACUGUGGUCUGGAAAGGUGCACCCUCAACUCAGUUGGUAUCAGUAGCGACUACAAAAGUUGUGGCUGGAGUGCUGGAGGCUAAUGGAGUUCCUGGCGCAGUGUGUACACUCUGUUCUGGUGGCAGUGCCAUUGGAGAGGCCAUGGCUCGUGACACUAGACUGCCUCUCCUUUCCUUCACUGGGAGUACUCAGACUGGACACCAGGUUGGUUUGUUGGUUCAAGAAAGGUUUGGGCGCCACCUGCUUGAGCUUGGAGGAAACAAUGCUCUGAUUGUGAACUGUGAUGCUGAUCUGGACCUGGUGGUCAGAGCUGCUGUUUUUGCGUGUGUGGGAACGGCUGGUCAGCGCUGCACCACCACUAGACGGCUCAUUCUACAUGCUGAGAUUUAUGAUCGAGUGUUAACACGUCUUAAAGCAGCUUAUGGGCAGGUGCUGUCUCGUGUAGGUGACCCUCUAGAUGAAGGGACCCUCAUUGGCCCUCUGCAUAAUGAUGCUGCUGUCAAGUGCUAUCAAGACACGUUAACUGAGGCAGUGAAGGGUGGAGGAACAAUUGAAUGUGGAGGGAAAGUGAUCGAGGCACCUGGCUACUUUGUCGAGCCAGCCAUUGUGACAGGGUUGCCUCACGAUGCAAGUGUUGUACAGAAAGAGACAUUUGCUCCAAUUGUGUAUGUGCUGAAGGCAGAGAGUUUGGAUCAGGCCAUCAUAUGGAACAAUGAGGUUUGCCAGGGUCUCUCAUCCAGCCUCUUUACUGCUAGUUUGGAUGCCAUAUUCAAGUGGAUUGGACCAAAGGGCUCAGACUGUGGUAUUGUGAAUGUGAACAUACCCACCAGUGGAGCAGAAAUUGGAGGGGCAUUUGGUGGGGAGAAGCACACAGGAGGUGGACGUGAGUCUGGGAGCGAUUCGUGGAAACAGUACAUGAGACGUUCCACUGUUACUAUCAACUAUGGCAAGGGACUGCCUCUGGCACAAGGAAUUCGGUUUGAAUAACGACCUCCAGUAAUGAACUUUAUCUGAUAUUGCUUUGGUUUCAUAAUUAUAUUCCAAUUUGACUGGUGCAAUUUCUCACCUGGUUGGCAAAAAUAUCACAGCGCACAGCUGACUUAUUUCUUAGCUUUCUGUAUUUUGCUCGUCAGUGCCAGAUACCGGCUGUUCACUAUGGCUGCAAAUUUUCUUGCAGGAAAUUUUCUAAAAAUGGCUGAUACGUCAGUAGUGGUUUACUAUAUUUAUAAAUUGUUCAAUAAAUGUUAUGGAAAUGAAUUGUA